UGCCGGUUAUGUAUAUUCGUCUUAGUACGACGCGCGGGGAGCUCCCGUCGGCCGCUCCCGCUCCCGUCGUAUCUGCGCAAUCGCCAUUAUCCAUCGAACUCGUCGACGCGUUGCACCAGAUUAAAUUUUGCACAACAAUUAACUAAUUUAUAUUUGUUUACCAGUUUAUAAAUUAUUUCAUGCCUAGUUUUUUUAUAUAGUAUGAUAAAAAACUGUGCAACAAUGAAAACAGGGCGAUCAAAACAUAUGUUAAAGCUUGUAGAAGAAAGAAGUAAAGCACAAAUUACGCAUUUUAAUCACGAAGAGUUAAUCGUGGCGGAGGAUUGCAGUCCAGGAACUCCAGAGUGCCAUUCGCCAUUACCCCCAGGGGCACACAGCGUAAUAGAAAAGAUGAAAGACAUUUAUGAGGAGGUUUUUUCAGACGACGUAAACGGAACAAGCAAAAGUAUAAAAUCCAGAGAUGAAAAUAUGGACCCGAACAUAGCAUAUCCUACUUGUGCUCUUAGAGAAGAUCCUUUUAUGGCUGGGUAUCAAAAUGCACCCUCACCAUAUUUACAUCUUUCAGAAAAUCAGCAAGGUGUCGUGUCAUUCUUAAAUACCAGUUCAGCUUUAACCCCUUUAAAUACAUCCGCCUUGAUAUCAGAUCUAUCACCUUUCCCCCAACCGAUUACCCCAACUAUUGACAACAACGACCUAACACCUAUGCCAUCACCAGCAAAAACCCACGGUGAAAAAUGUAAGGAUUUGUUUUGUCCCACUCACGAUGGUGUGGACUACAACAACGUUCCAUCAAUCAAUACAUUUGUGUCAUCAUGUCAGUCAUCUCCAGCGUCUCUUAUACGAUGUAGAGGUAAAAAACGUGUCCGAAAUUAUGAUGGUUGGGAAGAAGUAAAGAGAAAGCGCUUAACGAAUGCAGGAAAAGAAUACUGCUCCAAAAAGGGAGUUAUUGUUUCAGCAAAAACUAUAGGUAGGCCUUGCACGUGUAGAUAUACAUGUUACACUAUGUUAACUCUCGAAGAAAGACAGGAUGCAUUCGAAAAGUUUUGGAAAUUAGGUGAUCGUGAGAAACAGUGGUUGCAUGUUGCGAAUUAUACUUCAAAACAGAAGAAGAAAAGGGGUCUUCAAAGAGAUUUAAAGCAUAACCGCCAAUUCACUUACAAGUAUUUUUUGCCAAAGGGCUCAUCAAAAAUAGAGAUUUGUAAAACCAUAUUUUUAAGUACAUAUUCGAUUAAUGAAAGGUUAGUUCGGACAGCUUGGGAUAAAUAUGACGGAAGCACUUUGAUUGAAAAAGACAUGAGGGGGAAACAUAAAAAUCAUAAUCGGAUUGUUGACGAUGAAAUGGUAAUGUCGAUUUGUGCCCACGUUAAUUCAUUUGUACCAGUAGAGUCUCAUUAUAAUAGAGCAGCGUCCAAAAGACUGUACUUAGAUGGUGACUUAAGUAUCGCUCGGAUGUUCAAUUUAUACAAAGAAUGGCCUGAACUUAAUAAUCAUUUAAAUACAGCUUCUAGUCUUAGACAGUACAGAGACAUAGUUAACACUCAUUUUAAUUUGAGUUUCCAUUUACCCAAAAAGGAUACCUGUGAUCAAUAUCACAGUUUUAACCAAACACAAAAUCCGCCUGAAGAUCUUAGAGAACAGUACGCAAAUCAUCUGAAUAGCAAAAGAAUGUCUAGAAUCUUGAAAAAUACAGAUAAAAAUGACGCUAUUAAUUCUAAUGGACGCAUUGUUUGUGCUACCUUUGAUUUUCAAAAGGUUUUGUCGUGUCCUCACGGGCAAAUGAGUGUAUUGUAUUACAAGCGAAAGCUGUCAUGCUAUAAUUUCACCAUAUAUGAUAUGGCUGUCAAACAAGGUUAUUGCUAUAUGUGGGAUGAAAGUGUUGCCAAACGUGGGGCAAACGAAGUAGCCAGUUGCGUUUAUGACUUCAUAAAGAAGUUUGUAUCAAAGGGUGUGAAAGAGUUUCGAUUCUGGUCAGACAAUUGCGCUGGCCAGAAUCGAAAUCGCAUAGUAUUUAAUAUGUAUGCGCAUGUAGCUAAAGAAUGUGAUAUAACUAUAAUAUGUUGUUACUACUCUAUAUUGUGAUAGCUAUGCUAAUAGAUUUAAUAUUUAAGUUUGAGAUUAGUAAUUUACCAAAUUAGAAGAAAUAUGUUCCAAAAAGCACAAUAGUCAUCUUAGUCAAAAAUAAUACUAUAUUAUUAUUGAUUUGAAAAAAGUACAACCAAAUAGUGUGUGUUUUAUUUAAGAUAACCGGUCUUAUCAUACUACAAUAUUGACCUACCUAUUUACUGACCCUCUACCUACCUACUUACUUAUAAUCAAAAUAAAUUAUAUGACAUAACAUAUCCGCCAAAAUCUUACUCAGUAAGUCAAUAGAACAUAAUCCGAAACUAACAUCCGUCAUUUUUUUAAAAGUAACUUCACCAAGAACAAUGUCGGAUAAUACUAUGUGACUGUGUUGACUCCAAAGUAUAAUGAAGUAUGUGACUUUUCUAGAAAACUGUAUAAAUAAAAGUUGUUAUUUUUAUUCCGUUUUGAAACAAAUUCUCUUU